CCCUUGAGACGAGACUGAGCGCCAAGUAUAUGUGGCGCGUUCUUCGUGGAGACACUCUUUCAAGGCGAGAACGACAACAGCUGGUUCGCACUGUUUCUGAUCUUUUCCGAAUCGUGCCCUUUUCGAUAUUUAUCAUCGUGCCAUUUUUGGAGCUUACCUUGCCCAUCUUCAUCAAGCUCUUCCCGAACAUGUUACCUAGCACAUUCCAAGAGAGCAGCAAAGAGGAGGAAAGGCUCCGGAAGCAAGUACAAGUAAAGGUGGAAAUGGCGAAGUUUUUGCAAGAUACCAUUGAAGAAAUCGCUCUUGAAAGAAGAUCGAAGGCUAUGGAGCCAAAAGGCUCUAAGGCAGUUGAAUUUGCACAGUUUAUCAAAAAAGUGAGAUCAGAAGGUGGCUACGUCUCGAACAAAGAUCUGUUAAAGUUUACGAAACUUUUUGAAGAUGAGCUUACUUUGGAUAAUCUCAGCAUGAGUCAAUUGCGGUCACUUUGUCGUGUAAUGUCUAUCCAGCCCCUUGGAAGCCCAGAAAUCCUUAGAUUCCAGCUUCAUAUGAAACUGCGCGAACUCAAAGCCGAUGACAAAGUGAUUUACCUUUAAUU